UCUGUUUUUAGGUUUCCAGACGAUUCUUAUAAGGUGUUCGAUCGAUUUGGGAUCCUUCACUCGGGUGAAAGCGCCGCAGAAGAUGGGGAAGCCAAAGGGUGAUGGUGGGAGGAGCAAGACGCGCCCUUCUAGCAGCAGCUUGGCUGCUUCUUUGUUACCGUCGGGAGUCUCAACCGUUGGUUUCGGUGGUUACCUGGGGAAUUCUCGGGUUGAAUCCUCUUCACCAGCAGAUGAUUCCUUGCCGUUUUCGGAUGUUGACAGUGAAAUGGCACAACACUUGAAGAGGCUUGGUAGAAAAGAUCCAACAACAAAGCUAAAAGCUCUUACAUCAUUGGCAGUUCUCUUUAAGCAAAAGUCUAGUGAGGAAAUAGUGCAAAUUGUUCCACAGUGGACAUUUGAAUACAGGAAGUUGUUGCAUGAUUACAAUAGAGAGGUUCGCCAAGCUACACAUGUCACAAUGACCAGUCUUGUUAAUGCCAUCAGGAGAGGCUUGGCUCCACAUCUUAAGUCUUUGAUGGGUCCUUGGUGGUAUUCUCAAUUUGAUCCCAUUCCAGAAGUUUCUCAGUCGGCUAGACGAUCAUUAGAGGCAGCAUUUCCAGCACAAGAACGAAGGUUAGAUGCCUUGAUGUUUUGUGUAAAUGAGAUCUUUUUGUAUUUAGAUGAGAAUUUAAAGUUGACACCACAAUCAAUGGUUGAUAAAGCCAUACCUGCAGAUGAGUUGGAAGAUAUGCACCAACGGGCAAUUUCGUCAUCACUGCUGGCGGUAGCAACCCUUGUUGAUAUUUUGUUGGGUACAAAAAUGCAGAACUGCGAUAAUGAAAGUUCUUUGCCAGAACAAAAACUUGUUUCCAAAGCUAGGACUGCUACAAUAUAUUCUGCUGAAAAUAUGCUUGCUACACACAAGUGUUUUCUUCAGUAUAUGAAAUCUAAAUAUCCUAUUGUUCGUACAGCUACAUAUUCCAUUCUAACUAGUUUUGUAAAACAUAUUCCACAUGCCUUUAAUGAAGAAUAUAUGAAGGUGCUUUCAUCUGCCAUUCUUGGUGCUUUCCAAGAUAAGGAUGCGUCUUGCCAUUCUUCCAUGUGGGACAUGAUUUUGCUCUUCUCAAGAAAGUUUCCAAAUGGAUGGUCAUACUGUAAUGUCCAGAAAGUUUUCCUACAUCGGUUUUGGCAAUUCUUAAGAAAUGGUUGUUAUGGAUCGCAACAGAUUUCAUAUCCAGUACUUGUUCUAUUCUUAGAUUCAGUGCCUACUGAUGUAGACCUCGGAGAACAAUUUAUUUAUGAUUUCUUCCAAAAUCUAUGGGAUGGAAGACACUCAUCACACUACUCAGCUGCAAAUACUUUGGCAUUGUUUGGUGCAUUCAAAGAAUGUUUUCUCUGGGUGUUGCGCAAUGUAUCAAGAUAUUUUACGGCAAGAGAUGGCAAUAAUGAUCCUGCCAUCAAGUUAACGAAUGAUAUUCUGGUAGAACUCUUGUUGAAUGACUAUCUAAUGUUGCCUAGCCUGAAAAAGCAAGAUGGGAAUUUGCUAGUGAGGUCUGAUGUCUCCACUGAUGAUGGUAAAGAAAAUUCAAAACAAAGAACUAGUAGUAGUUAUGAAGCAAGUUAUAUUCAGGAGUUGGUGAGGUGUAUUGUUGGCAUUCUGGUAGACAUUUCUCUCGAAGAUAGAAAUUUGCUCAAUGUGUUCUCCACAUCUUUUCAGAAGGACUGCCUUGAGAUUUUAUGGCAAGGAGAAUGCUUGCAAAAUUUUCAUGAGCAUGUAGAACGAAUCACAAGAUUUUUUUUGUUAUUGGAUGAACUUGUGUUGCAGAAAGGUCAUGAUUGGCCUUUGAAAUUUUUAGGCCAACCAUUGAUUAUGACCACUUUCCCGGUGAUUAAAUCCAUGGACUCUCCAGAUGCUGUCAAACUUCUGUCUGUCUUAAUUGAAAUUUUUGGAUCUGUAGUAAUAUUGUCUAACUUUGUUAACCCAAAGGACGAAGUUCGCGUUGAAGUCAACGUGGAGCAUUUUCUGCAGACAUUUAACAGUGACCUCAUUCCUUGGUGUUUACAAGGAAACAGUAAUUCCAGCAGUUUGAAACUUGACCUGCUGCUUGACUUAAUUCAAGAUGAGUGUUUCUCUAAACAAUGGUGCUCAAUCAUUAAUCAUUCCAUAAAACAAUAUGAAAUGUCAGACAAUUCCAGUCAUAUUGAGGUGCUAGCUAUGCUCAUUGAGAAGGUGAGAGAAAGAAUAAGGACCAAGACGCUGGUCAAUUUACAAAGAAGUGGCUUCUUCCCGGAGCGUUGGCGGCAUAAUUUGCUUGACUCUGUUGCAAUAACUAUUGCCCACCAUUCUCCUGUGAGAAGUUGUCAUGCUCAAUUUCUGUGUGCGGUGCUUGGAGGCUCUGUUGAAGAUGAUCAAGUGUGUUUUCUAUCUGAAGAAGCAUGUACUAUUGUAUGGGAGGAGAUUCUGAAAAACUUGGCAUCAUUCCUUACCUCAUUUUCAUUUUGUUGGGCAGAGUUUGCUUGCUCUUUGUUUCAAUGUUCUGAGUCUAAGGAUUUACUGAAAUUGCAAGAGCCAUCUUUCUCAAUGAGGUUUGCAAUGGCCCGAUUUGCUUUUGAAGUUCUCAAGGGUAGCAUCUAUUGUUUGAAUAUAAUUGAUAAGAAUUGCAGUUUGGUUUCUUCUAUUUUAGCAGCAUUAUUCAUUGUUGAUUGGCAAUACAGUAUCACAUCUCAGGUUUGCCAGGAUGAUAGUUCAGAGGGUUCGAAAAAUACCACUGAUAUUGAUGUCUCAGUCUGUGCAACACAAAAUGUUAUUAGCAAUGAUUCCAAGGAGCAGGAUGAUGCCAUGUUAAAUUUGGGAAGAAAAAUACAUGCUCUUCGCCAUACUAUAAGUAGUUCUUUCUGGAAAAGCUUGAGUGCAGAUACUCGAUCAAGGUUGGGAAACAUUAUAGUACAGACUGUAAGGUUUGUGCUACUUGACACGGAUGAUUUAGUUGCUCCUGAAAUAUCUCAUUCAUGUUGCGAAUGGAUGCUGGAUAUUUUAGAAAUAAUAUGCCAUAACAAAGAAGAGUUGCAAAUUUUGUUGGAUCAAUUGUUGUCUGAGGGGAAAUCUUGGCCAUUGUGGGUCAAACCAUUCAUCCGCCGUGGCAGCAUAUUGGCAACCUUCCAAGAGGCAACUUCCACAGGCAUUAAUGAACACAGUAAUUAUAGAUUUGUUGCUUUUGUUGACAAGCUUAUUGCAAGGCUUGGAGUCAACAUAGUAAUUGCUGGUUUUACAGAGACUUGUACUUCAGUAGCAUCACCAGACACUGAGAUUGUUUCAUCCUUCCCAUCUCCUUACAAACGGGAGUGGCUUGCUGCUGAAAUGCUUUGCUCAUGGGAUUGGAAAGAGAGCAGUGUUACAGAGUCAUUCCUACCAUUGCUGAACAAAUAUGCAAAAACUGAAGCAUCUAUACCUGAAGCAAAUGUUACAUCUUCUAUCAUCAAUAUGUUGCUUGACGGAACCAUUAUGCAUGGUGUCAGUUAUGAUCAGUGGAUAUCUUUUGAUUCAUGGAAGGUUCCACAUAAUGAGGCUGAGAAAAUUAAUGAUCCAUUUUUGCGUGGCCUAGUUUCCAUGCUCUCUUCUAUGUUUGUCGAUGAAAAGGUUGGGGGAAAUUUUGCAGCUAUUGCAUUAUUUGAACAACUAGUGGACAGACUUUUCAUGGACACCUCCAUAGAUCAGUCAUGUCUCAGAGUUCUUCCUUUUGUUACAAGUAUUACUAUUCAAUCAUUGCUAGAAAGCUCGGAAUCUACUGAUGCAAUUGCAAAUAUUUCACUAUCAUCUACAGAAGACAAUUUAGUGAGGACAUAUAUCAUAAGUUGGCUUGAAAAAUCUCUUUCUUUUCCAUCUUUAUGCUUGGGAAAAACAGAACAAAAUGUUGGUGAAUGGAUCCAAGUUGUCAUAUCUUGUUUUCCUCUAAGGACAACAUUGGAAACUGGAAAUUCUAUUGUUGACUUGCUGAGGCAUGCCAGCAAUAAUGAGUCAUCUUUGCUUCUGAGUUUAUUCAGAAAGCACCUGUACUGCUAUGAUGCUUCUGCAGCCAUUGAUCAGAUAUCUCCUAUUUCUUCCUCUAGUGGAGAUUUAGUUUCUUCAUUGUUGGUGCAGAUUCAUCACGCAAAGCUAACAGCAGUUUCAGUUGGGUAUUGUUGGCAGGAAUUUGUUGAAGAUGACUGGAAUUAUGUGUUGGAUAAAUCACAUAGGUGGAUUGAAUUGUCUGUUCUGUUGAUGGAGGAAAUAGCAGAGAGCAUAGAUGAUGCAAUAGUCCAUUAUACAACUACUGAUGACUUGGAACAUACUGCAAAGAAACUUGAACUAUCAGUUCAGGCUUAUGAUUCAUUGAUAAUAAGUAUAUCCACAACUGCUUUGGUUAUAUUCCGUCUUGUCUCACAGCUUGAAGAACACAAAACAGACAGUACCAAUGCUUUGCACCUGUUAAGACUAGGAAAGUGGGCAGACAUGAAAGAUCGAAUUAUGGCAAGUAUCUUGAGGUUGUUUUUUGCAACUGGUGCUACAGAGGCUAUUGCAAUGUCGUGCAAUGAGGUGUUUUCAACUAUUGUAGCUUCAAGUAGACUUCCUUAUUCAUAUUUUUGGGGUCUAGUUGCCUCAUUUGUUAGUAACUCUCCUAAACAUGUGAAAAGUGCAGCAGCAGAGUCAAUGGAACUUUGGGGUCUUAGCAAGGGUUCCAUCAAUGCGUUGUAUGCUAUUCUUUUCUCAUCGAGACCAAUUUCAUAUCUACAGUUUGCCGCUUACAGUUUACUUUCAUCUGAGCCUAUGUGUCAUCUUUCACUUGCUAAAGAAAGUAGUCUGGAAGGAGAAGGUAAUUUGUUUGUGGAGUCAGACCUCUCAUCAAAUGUUGAAUUAUCUACAGAAGGAAUUUUCUCUUUUAGAGAUGAGUUAUCCUCUCUGAUCCAAAAACCAAGUGCCGAGCUUCUAAAAACGGACUUGUUAUCACAAGAUAGGGUAAAUCUCUUUAUUGCCUGGGCUUUACUGCUUUCAUGUCUAAAUUCAUUUCCAUCUUCUUCCAAAGCUAGGGAAAAAAUUGUCCAACACAUACAGGACUCUAUUAGUCCAAUGAUAUUAGACUGCAUUUUCCAACACAUUCCUUUGAAGAUUGGUGCAAGUAAUCUAAAGAAGAAGGAACUUGAGCUAGUAGUUGAAGCAUCUAAAGCUGCCAAUGCUGCUAAGCAUUCGAUUACAACAUGCUCGUUGACAUUAUAUGUACAGUCACUUUGGCCUGUUGGAAAUGAGACAGUGGCUUCACUUGCUGGUUCAAUAUAUGGAAUGAUGAUUCAUCGUCUUCCUUCUUAUGUGCGCAAUUGGUUUUCUAGCUUACGUGACCGUUCUCUGUUAACUGUGAUCGAGUCCUUUACUAAAGCUUGGUGCAGUCCUCCUCUCCUUUUGAAUGAAUUCUCCCAGGUAAAAGAAACUGUCUUUGCAGAUGAGAACUUUUCAGUUAGUGUAAAUAGGUCAGCAUCUGAGAUAAUUGCUACUUAUAAAAAAGAAGAGACAGGGAUGGAUCUUGUAAUUCGCCUUCCGAGUUCUUACCCCUUGCGCCCAGUGGAUGUAGAGUGCACAAGAAGCCUGGGUAUUAGUGAAGUAAGACAACGAAAGUGGCUGUUGUCAUUGACAGCAUUCAUUCGUAAUCAGAAUGGUGCAAUAGCCGAGGCAAUUCUAAUUUGGAAAAGCGAUUUUGACAAAGAGUUCCUUGGUGUUGAGGAAUGCCCUAUCUGUUACAGCAUAAUCCACACCACAAAUCACAGUCUUCCUCGGCUUGCUUGCAAGACUUGCAAGCACAAGUUUCACUCUGCUUGCCUUUACAAGUGGUUCUCAACUUCUCAUAAAUCAACUUGCCCAUUGUGCCAGUCUCCUUUCUGAUCUAUGUUGCUUCAGUUAUUGUAUAUACUUUGGUAUACGGUUCUAAAUCAUAUGGAUGAGUUUUGUCCGGGGAGAUGUACCAUACUGUAGCAACCUUCAGAAUCAUUUGAAGAUGCAGCCGGUCAUGGAAUUUCUUAAAGCAACAACCGGACUCUCAAGAGAAUAGAUCCAAUUACUAAUCUCAAGCAAACAAUCUAUUCAGGAGACAACGCUGCAGCAGCAGCAAAAACUCUCGCUGCCCGUGCCCCGCUUCUUGAAGUUGGGAGUUCUUCAUUGAGCCCUCUCGGAAGAUCACAAUCAUAUCAGUCACAUCACGGUCAUCAUUGGUAUUUGCAUUGAUGGCAACUGAGAGCAUCCUUCUCUGGACCAUCCACAAAACUUGAAUUCUCACUAAUCUGCUUCACCAACUUGGUUGUAUUUGAUCGACAGCAAUUUGUUCGGAUCAUCCUGGGUAAGGAGAAUAAAAUUUUCCAUACUUGUUAUGAUUAAUGAUAUGUGGCUUGUUAGCAGUCAUAUGUUCAACUUGGAUGAAUCAGGUUGAAAUGUAUACAUCUCUCUCCCCAAAACCCUCGUCCAAACAAUUUUAUCUUCACAGUUCAGGUGCGAGUUAGUUCUGAAUCAAGUUACUUGAACAGAUCAAGUAUGAAUUGUGGUGUUGAUAUCAUUGGUAUUUUAGUGUCCUAAUUUAGGAAAAAAAAUAGAAUAUUUUUUAUUAAUUAUCAUUUUUGCCCUUGGCCAUUGUCUCC